CUGCCCUGAGUCAGUCUUUCGUUGUUUGACAGCCAAGGGGAUAACAUUUCUCAGUGAAAAUUGUGAUGAAAGUUCUAAAUUGUUAAAAUUGUUUAAAUAAAAAACCAGCGUUUGUUUUUUAUUGCAAAUUUCUGUCAUAGUAAAAAAAGGAAAAUGGUAGGACCUCGUCAAGUUCGUCAUUUAGUUAGAAAGGAAAAAGAAGACUUAGCUAAAAGGCUAAAAUUAGCUGAAAAUCCGAUCGAAGAAAAAUUUGACUUUGCCGAGCCGGAUCAGCCAUCCGUGUCUCAUUCCGCUGAAAACCGGAUUAUUUCACUUUUAAAAGAAGAAUUCACCUAUCUCCGUGAGCAGAACGCAUCUCUACACCACAAGGUGGAUAUAUUAGCAGAGAAGCUGGCGGAAACCACAGCACUUCUCAAAGUUAAGUUGAAGGCGGACGAGAAUGUGGAGCGGUCUGGGGUUUCCUUCCCCCUAAGGUCCGAACAGGACAUAGAACUCUUCGAGAGCUCUAUCACGCCAGAACUGUGGGAGUGUUACGUAAAAAAAAAAAUAAUUAAAGUGGCCAAGAAGGAGACUUUCGUCAAGGCUAUCCGCUUGGUCCUGGACGAUAGCUUGAUCCAAAACUAUAAUCUGGACGGGACUAGCGGCAAAAAAAGCCUUAAAAGUUUUUCAAUCCUAUACAAUAUUUUGAAAGAGGUCUCAGAGACGGCAUUUCCCUUUGAUGAGCCCGAUAAGGCAAUAAGAAAGGCGAUCCAUAAUAUUAAAAACAGUUUCUUUAAAAAAAAAAAAAGGAUUAGUGUUAAGUUAAAUAAUACAUUAUAAGAAAUAAAAGUAAAAUAAUAAUAAAAUACAA